AUGGCGUCCAUCGAUCCCGUCCAGCAGGCUUUCGCCGACGCGAAACAUUCAUUCCGCACAAAACUCAAGGACCCAGACAUCUAUAAGCAGAUAUUGGCGACCAGCAAUAUCAACGAUGUCUACGAUGCGACCAAGAAGCUUCAGGAACAGAAGCAGGGAAAUAGUCGUCAUUUGAACAAGAUUAAGCCUUUCCUCAACUGUCUCAAUAGAUAUGCUGGGGUUAUUGAGACGUUUGUGCAAGUUAAGCCAGAGAUUAUGGCUUUGAUCUGGGGCCCAUUGAAACUCCUGUUGCUGUGGUCGAGUGAAGUGACUACCGCUCAGGAUAAAUUCACGAACACCUUGGUAGAACUAGGACACGCCAUGCCGCAUAUGGAUCUGAUCGGUAGCCUGUUCGGGGCCAACGACGCUAUCAAGGCCGCGAUGGGUUUGCUAUUUGAAGAUAUUCUGGAAUUUUACCGUAUUAGCUUUGAUUUUUUCCGCAAGCCACACUGGAAGACAUUGAUUGAUGCUUUAUGGGACGGCCAGGUCAAGAAGUUCAACGAGGUGAUAACUAACCUCAGACAACAUUCAACCCUGCUGAGGGAGGGAGUAACACUUGCCGAUAUCAGAGAAGCCCGUGACCACCGUAUUCGGUCUCUUGAUCUUCUUGAUGAAACACACAAGUAUCAGCAGCGUCAGAAGUUUUCCAGCCUGCGGGAUCGGUUCUCCGUCGAUUUCCAUGAUGAACGGCUGGAUUGGAUUCGCAACAGGUCUGUUUCAGGCUGUGAAAAGUGGCUUUUGGAAGAUGCCGCAUUUUGUAGCUGGCGAGAUGAUUCCAGAAAGGGGAGUCAAAUCUCCGCAUGGCUUUGGUUCCAUGGUAUCCCUGGAGCAGGGAAAACAUACAUAUGCGGCGCAGCCAUCGACCACCUCAGGCAACACAAGCAAAAUAAAACCCUGUUCGCGUUCCUCAGUUAUACCAACAAUACCAGCCAAACAGCCCUCACCAUUCUGCAAUCGUUUAUUUUCCAAGCCGCUGAGGAUGACCCGGAUUUCCAGUCCGUUUUGGUUGAUGCAAAAGAGCGCGAACUUCGCGGAAACACUGGCUAUGUCAUGAAGUUGCUCAAGAGUUGGCUCCAGACAGCCGGGCCUACAUAUGUUGUUAUCGAUGGCCUUGAUGAGAUGGAGUGCUCAGAACGGCAAAUCCUUCUACAAAAGUUGGAGGAGCUCUCGAAAGGAUGCGAUGAGCUGCGGUUUCUUGUCUGCUGUCGAUUGGAAGCAGACAUAUACAAAGCACUGGAAGGAAAGUCGACUAAUAUCCAAGUUAAUGAAAGGAACUCUGGUAGCAUUCAAACGUACAUCAAUAGCAGGUUCGAUGACUUGAUAAAGAGUCAUAGGUUUGAUCCCAAUACCGAGCUUGAGCUGCGUGUGCUCCUGUCUCCUUUAUCAGCGAAGGCAAAAGGUUAUGUGGCGGAAAUCAACAGCAUGGAUGAGAUUCGCAGCGAGCUCAAAGCCUUGCCGAAUGACUUGGAUGACGCUUACAAACGCAUUUUCCAGCGAAUCAAUAAGCUACCUCCUCCCCGCCGAGAAAAACGCAGAAAAAUCCUAGGCUGGAUCGGAUGCGCCCCUAUACCCAUGACGAUCUUCGAAAUGAAACAAGCACUAUCAGUUUACCGCGCCAACGGUGUUUCUCGUGUCUCGACUGAGCUUUUUGGUCUGGACUUUCUCCACAUGUGUGGCCCUUUUAUUGAGAUCGUAAAUGGCAAAUUGCAGUUUGUCCACUUCACCGUCCAGGAGUACAUUUUCAGCAGAGAGAUCCCUGACUUUAUUGACAAGAGAGAAGCCACACGAGACCUAGCCGCGGCAUUUUUAGCCUAUCUUGACUCUGGUAUACUGGAACCCGAUGUCGACGACGAUCGAAUUUCCCGUGACAUUAUGCGCGGUAAAUAUCGACUGCUCCAAUAUGCACAUUUUUAUUUACCUACAUUACUCCAACGUCUGAAUAGCAUGAGCCCGGUGUCAGAAUCGGUUGGCAGGCUGCUGGACCGCUUGGCUCGGCAUUGUAGCAAUGAUAAAUUUCAGCCGAUGGUCAACAGUCGAGAACCACCGUAUGCAAAUGAUCAUUAUAAAAAUCACUGGCCAAUUGGAUAUGAAUGCGCUCGUCGCACAUUCCAGUUUCACAUAGCAGAGAAGCGAUGGAGCUGGAACCAGAGCAAUAGCGAAGCAUGGGUCAAUUUUGAUCCUCUAAACACUUCAAAAAUGCUGGUCCGGAUUCAGGACCUCUACGAAGAAUUAGUACACGAUAACGGCACAUACAAGAAGAUAGAAACUCACUACGUCCCACGUCUAUUCAAAUGCACAUACCUGUUUUGCACGUAUAGUCGCCAGGGAUUUGAAACAAGACACGACAGAGAUGCCCAUAUCACACACCACGAACGGCCAUGCAAAUGCCCAGUGCCGAAUUGCAUAUAUUUUACACUGGGGUUCAAUACGCAAAAGCGAUGUGACGAACACUUGGCUGAAAUCCAUGCUUCAAAGUUCAGUGUAGAUGACCUCUCUAACAUGAAUACUGUAGACAUCCAGCCUCUCCUAUUUGCCCUAGUUAUGGAAGGUGAUUUCGAAAAUAUACGACGCUUAGUAGCCUCACCAGGUGGGAAAAAGCUCAGUCCAGAAGUCCUUGCUUCGGCACGGCUUAUUGGUGCCCAACAGGGUUCCCUAGCCAUAACAAGAUUUCUAGCUCCGCCGGACGAGACGAAUGUGCCACUGAAAAUCGUCAAAGCAGCCAUGAGGAGCCAGGAUACCGAAUGUGCCGAGUGGGUUAUUGCAAGGUCUGAUACGGAUGAUUGUACCGAAUUGAUGAAGACGGUGCUUGGCGUCAAGUCAGAGGAAAUCUAUGGAAUGUGGGAACAAUAUAUCAUUGACAAGAUAAAAAGUCAAAAGUCCCGUCAAAAUAUGGAUCCAUUAUUCUUAGUCGAUGUGUGCGAAGGGCCGGGCCUAGUCAAUGAGGUUUUUCGACAGCAAGUUUUCAGUGGCAUUAAAGGCAGUAUUUUGAAGGAAACCAGGUUGCAACACACUCUGGAGAAGCUCAAAGAUGACAUUGAUAGAUCCACACUGGGGGCCAUCUUGGUGCGGGUAGCCAAGUCAAGUUGUACCCUUUCCCUCGCUAAACAGCUUCUGUCGUAUGGCGCACCGAUCGAUCACCCAAGGAGGACAAUUUCACGGUCUGGCAGACUAGUAUAUGGUGGAGUAGGAAUGACGGCGCUCCACGCAGCAGCAAAAAAGACUAAUGAAGAUGCUGCUUUGCUAAUCAAACACCUUGUGCUGCUUGGUGCAGAGGCAUUCGAUGUGCGUAUGAAAGAUGAACCAGGUCCAAAGGGAAUCAAGCAAUUUAUUGGCCUCGAGUGGAGUGAUCUUGUCGCCCAGGCACAAUUGACGCGACAAUAG